GAGAUGUAUAAUGAGUUUGUUAAGAAUGAUUGUGACAUUGAAUCUGUUAAGAAGGACAGCAAAGCUUCUGCAUACGUAGCUGGUUUUGGUAUGUAUUGCAGUAGAAAAUGGAUUGAAUUAGAUAAUGUCUUAAUGCUAUUAAUCUGAUUGAUUUGGCUCACUGGAUUAUGUGCAUUUUUGACAUACGUUUGAGAUGUCUUAAAGUGUGCAAUUCUAUGAGAUUUGGGAGGUACAAGAACUCAGAAAAAUUGGUUCGUGCUUUUGCUGUCAUGUUGCCUAUUUUGUUGUCACAUGUAAAUUUUUAUGAUCAAAGGAAAGAUAUUGAUAAGAGCACAGGAUUUUUUCAAGGAAAGAGUGAGACAGACCCUUUGGAAAUUGUUAUCGUUCAAGAUUUGCCUCAACAAGAGCAGUGUGACUGUGGUGUUUUUGUUAUAAAGUACGCUGAGUAUUUUAUUCAUGGAUUGAUUGACAAGAUUCCGAAGGAGUUGGACAUUCCUUUUGUUCGAAAGAAGCUGUGUGUUGAGCUCUUUGUUCAUGCUAAGAAGAAGGAAGUGAGUGGUUAUGAAUCACCUUCAGAGUAUCCUGGGAGGAUGGAAAAGGAUGGAAAGAAAAAGAAGUAGUUGUUUAAUGUAGUUGGAAACACUUUUGUUUCUUGUUGUUUUGAUACUUUUGUACGGGUUAUUAUUGACUAGUUUGGGUAGUUAUGAACGUUAAACAUAUUAACCUUCUUUUUGCUUGGUCAUUUUGUCAAACGUAUGUAUGGAUAUUGGAACUAUUUUCAGUACCUUUAAUAUGAUAUUAAUGCAGGUUGCUUUUGGAGUUAAGUUUGAAGUUUUUUUUUUUUACUAGAUGUGUAAUAUAAUGUAAGAUUAUUAUGGAAUUUUAUCAGUUUGGUUUUUUGUUAAUGGUAGUAUGUAUUUUUUUUGUUUGUUGUAUUCUUUUUUUUGAGUUUGGUCUGAUUAAGUUGGUAUUUUUCUUUUUUCAGGGUUUGUAAACCGUUGCAUAUAUCUUCUGUUUUUUAUUUAUAUUUUUUGGAAAAGAGGUACACACUUUCAAAUCAUAGAGGUAUUUUUGUUUAUUUUUUCAAUUUAUUAUGUUUAAGAAAUUAAGUUAAAUAAUAUUGAUUACAUUUUUUUUUACUAUCAAAUUAACAACUAAAUUGUUUAUGAAAAUGUUAAUUAAGAAGAUAUUUUUAAAAUAGUUUUGUAAAUUAUAAAUCAAGAUUCAAAUUAUUGGUUUUUUCUUUUAUAUUUUUGAAAUCAUUUUAUUUACAAAAUAUAUUUGUUAUGUUUAUUUUGUUAAUUUUCGUAAAACAGUAAGCACAUUUGUGUUCAUCUUUAUUUAUUUAUAUGAAGGUAUUUAAAAUGAAAAAUCAGAAGUUCUUAGUGUUCCUUUAUUUUGUCUUAUAUUUGUAAAAAUAAGAAAUCUGAAAGACAUUUUUUUGUUGUAUAGUUUGUUUCUAAAGUAACUUUCUUCUCUUCAGUGGAUUUAGAAUUGCUUCAUUUUUGCAAGACCGUCGAUUAUGUCCUUUUUGGUUGCAUUUCCCACACUUGACUUUUGUUUUUGUGUCCAUUGCUCCUUUAUAUCUAUCUUUCUUUGGCCUCCCAGCUGGUCUUUUAUAUUUUGGUGGAUGUACUGUGAUAUUCUUCACAUCCUCUGGUAUAUUCCAUGAUGUUGCUUCACCUAAUGGAAGUAUGCUAUCCUCAUAUGUUGACAUGAAAGCUUCUUUAGUGUAGUAGUAGGAGCAGUAUUUGUAGCAAGAGAAGUUUCUUUUGGCUAGUACAGCCAUUGCAUGCGAGCAAGGCAUUUCGUCAUAGUCAAACUUCUGACACGUGCAUGUUUUGUUUUCCAGAUUUACUAUGUAGGAGCUUGUAUAAUCGUGCACUUUGUAUACAAGAAGGUUAGCUGUCUCAACCUGCAUGAAGAAUUUAUACAGGUUUUUGUUAUUAUAUUUUUUUCAGAAAUUAUUUGGUUUACUGUUAAUGUUUUUUUUUAUAUUUUUCAAACAAAUUAUAAAAUUUAAUUUAAAUUAAUGUUAAGUGUACCUUGUAUUUUAAGCCCAUUUCUCUUUGUUUCUUGAGAGCCUUUUCUGGAAUAUUUGCCAAAGUAGUGUCCGUUUUCAAGGCUCUAUUUUUGUUUUCCCAAUACCAUCUUUGUACCAAAGAGUGUAGACAUUCUAGUAAGGUUGCAACUGGUAAUUCUCUUACUGAUUUGAGAGCUGCAUUCACUGACUCUGCUAUGUUUGAUGUCAUUGUUUUGUAUCUUUUAUUCAUGCUGUAUAGCCUUGUCCAUUUAUCAUAUCCAACUUCAUUGGCCAAGAAAUCUCUUAUUCUUAAGUCAAUGUUGUCCAAAUCUUGCAUGCAUUUCUCAAAUUCUUCUAUAGUGUAAGCUUUCGAAGCUCCAUCAAAUGCAUGUUUGAGCUCAUCUCCUCCUUUUUUGAAUUUCAUUUUUAGAUUUUUGAGCAAGUGAUAGCAACAUACCCCAUGCAUUAGGAGUGGGAAGUUUGACUUUGUUGCUUUGUAUAUACUCUCAUGCCUAUCCGAGAUUAUGCAUUGUCCUUCUCUUUCUCCAUAUGUUUCUUUUAUUUUUUGCAUGAACCAA